AUGACAACUGAAUCAAUGUUAGAUACUACAAAAAUGAUUUUUGAAGUAAAUUACAAAUUAGAUUCAUUUGAUCUAGUAAAAGAAGGUGAUUUUGAAGUUGGUUCCAUUUUGGAUAAUUCAACUUUAAAUGAUUUAACAAAUAUGAUGCAAACAACAGUAUCAAAUGGUUCAAAUAUAACUGUAAUUGUAUUUAAUGCUACUAUUGAAAUUGAUUAUGAAAUUUCUACGAAGAAGAUAGUUAUAUCUGAUUCAAUCAAUUAUAUUCUUCGUCUUAUUGUUUACUAUAUCUUUUCGGUAACAUGCAAUAUAUGUAUUGAAAUUAGUAAUAGUGCUGUCUAUAAUGAACCUCAACUAGGUAAACUAAUUGAAAUUCGAAAUGCUUCUUUAAUUGAUAUCUCUCGACCGGUCACCGUUAUCAAGAUUAUUUCUAUGCCAACUAUUCAAUUUUCAACAGCAAAUUUAAAUUAUAAUUCUACAAUAAAAACAACCAGUUCAACAGUAGUUCAUACUACUACUGAUCCAACUAUUAGUCAACAUCGAACAACAGAACAUACAAGUACUGUUCAUCAUACAUCAGAAAAUAGAACGAAUGUUCUAUAUAGAAUUACUCUUCCUUAUACGAUCAAAUAA